CCUCCACAUCCAGGUGUGAUUUGGUUGUAAGUGGGAUAUGGAGAUUGUGUGGUCGGCUUCACCCCAGCCGGUGAGGAAGCGGAUCUCCCAAGCGUGUCAAGAGUGCCGCUCGCGCAAGAAGAGAUGCUAUCAUGAGAAAGUUGAGAGAAUCCAACGAGUUGAGAAGUCUGCUGAUGAAGGAGAUGCUGCUCAACAGCUAGCAGAGGAUCCGGCCGACGAGUCGAGCCCGCAUGCUUACAGCCCGGAAUUUGUGCUGGGAAAUCUGUCCAAAACGAACAAGGCUGGUGGGAGUCCUUUAGCUCAAUACAUCACUCCAUCACAGUCUUUCCCGUCUUUGCUGUCCGGGGGUCAAGACCCUGAUAGUCAAGACACGAAGAAUAGAUUGGUUUGGCUCAACAAGUACAGACGCAGGCCUGCGCCGUCGAUCACAUCCACACACCGGAGGUACCUCGAGGAGGCAGGGGCUUUUCUUGAGCUGCCUAGGGCUACUACCGAUGCCCUUCUACCAGUAUACAAUGCCGUGCUGGACGAUAUAAUCCCGGUGGUAGACGGUGCCACCGUCCUGCGAGAUCACAGUAACGGGCAGUGCUCUAUCUACCUCGUACGGGCGAUAUGCCUUGUCAUUUGCAAGACCAAACAAGCCAUCCCUUUUCUACGGCUAGCUGACACCGGCCCAGUGCUGAAGCCAUUGGACUUUGCAUCCAGAUUGCUCUCAGGGCUAGAUGCAGCUCUCAAAGCAGACCUCGAGCCCGACCGUCUCAUCAAGAUCCAGAUCCUAGCCCUAAUCCACCUCUACAACGACGGGCCCUCUGGCAUCGAGCGCUCCGCGGCCUAUCUCUCCCAGGCAAUCCGCGAAGCCUGGUCAUUAUCUUUGCAUCUAAGGACAACCAGCAAACCGGACCAAGACCAAUGCGAUGUCCUGUGGUGGACGCUGCGCAAUUUCGACCGGCUCAAUAAACCUAUUACGCGCUCUGGGCCCUUCAUGAUCGAUGAUACUGAUAUCGGGCUCCCUCGCAUACAUGCCAGAGAUGGCAACUACCGAUCUCAACUCAUGGCCGUCGCCCUAGCUCUCGGCGACCUCAUGGCCACCGCAACAAAGGCCUACAAGGCCAGCUACACCUACGCGCCUGACGGGUGCGAAGAAUUCCCUUCACUAGACGACAUAAUCUUGGGGUCGUCAUUCAACCGCUUCCACAGGUCCCAUAGAGCAUACCUCGAAACAUGGUAUCACGCCGCAUCAAUGCUCUCCUGCCGAUAUAACGGCCCGGGCAGCGCCCAAUACACCCGCCGCCUCGCCUCCGCCGAUAAAAUCGUGCAUAUCAUAUCUUCAGCAAACCACGAGGGGGACUUGGGUCUCCCACCUCUCCCGCUCGUACCAUACGCCGUGUCCAUGGCGACGACGGUGGUGUACCGCGCGUGGCGGGAUAAAGUUCGUGAUCUGCACUCAACGUAUACCGAUCUCUGUCUGUGUUGUGAGGCACUGCAGGCGUUGAGUCGCUUGUGGACGGGUGCGCGCAGCGUUGCGAGUCUUGCAGUUGGUUUGAGGGGGGCUAUGGAUGCUGCUGGGGCGGGGGGGUCUGGAUCUCCUGGUAUUGGUAUUCGGGGCGUGGAUCCGCCUCGUCAGUCUGAUAAUGGAGGGGUUGCUACGGAUACUGAUACUGAUACUAGAGAACAGGCAAUGCAGACCCCUGCUACUGACUUCCUGGAUCAGGAUAAAAAUAGGGAAGCGGUGCACUUGCAAGGCGGGUAUGAUCCAGGUGAAGUGUUCUGGGCAGGUCUGGAGAGCGCUUGCUUGCAUUUUGAUACUACGGUUGAUGGGUUCUUAGAGUAUGGGUUGGGGGAUUUCGGAGGGUUCAUUGCUGAUGAAUGAUAUUCAGCAGGGAGACGGGGUUAAUUACUAUUAUUACCAAC